CUACUUUUCUGCUACAUCCGGCGACGCGCUAUUUACGGAACAUGCGCAUUGAAAACUUCCUUUUUCUAGUGCAGCGGAGUGAAAUCCCAGUCUUUGACUCCAGGCUCCUGGCUAAGGAGACAGAAAAGGCUGCAAAAUGGGUUUUGUGAAAGUGGUGAAGAAUAAGUCCUACUUCAAGAGGUACCAGGUCAAAUUCAGGAGGAGGAGAGAGGGAAAGACCGACUACUUUGCCCGUAAGCGCCUGGUCAUCCAAGAUAAGAACAAGUACAACACACCCAAGUACAGGAUGAUCGUCCGCUUCUCCAACCGGGAUAUCGUCUGCCAGAUUGCCUAUGCCAAGAUUGAGGGGGACAUGAUCGUGUGCGCCGCCUACUCCCACGAGCUGCCCAAGUACGGGAUAGCCGUGGGACUAACAAACUACGCAGCAGCCUACUGCACUGGUCUGCUGCUGGCCCGCAGGCUGCUGAACAAGUUUGGCCUGGACAAGGUUUACGAGGGCCAGGUGGAGGUGACUGGAGAUGAGUUCAACGUAGAGAGUAUUGAUGGUCAGCCAGGUGCAUUCACCUGCUAUCUAGACGCAGGGCUCGCCAGAACCAGCACUGGCAACAAGGUGUUCGGGGCCCUGAAGGGGGCUGUGGAUGGAGGCCUGUCCAUCCCUCACAGCACUAAGCGCUUUCCUGGGUAUGAUGCUGAGAGCAAAGAGUUCAAUGCGGAGGUCCACCGCAAGCACAUCAUGGGCAUCAAUGUGUCAGAGUAUAUGAGCUACCUGAUGGAGGAAGAUGAGGAUGCAUACAAGAAGCAGUUCUCCCGCUUCAUCAAGAAUGGCGUUGUCCCUGACAAGGUUGAGGAAAUGUACAGAAAGGCACAUGCUGGCAUUCGUGAGAACCCAGUCCAUGAAAAGAAACCUAAGAAAGAAGUCAAGAAGAAGAGGUGGAACCGUGCCAAGCUCUCUCUGGCCCAGAGGAAAGACCGCGUUGCCCAGAAGAAGGCCAGCUUCCUCCGGGCUCAGGAACAGGAGGCUGCCGACAGCUAAACUCUCUGGUCCUAAUGAUGGAGCAACAAUGCUUUGUUAUAAUAAAUAUAUUGGAAAAGAA